UUUUGAUUUUGUUUGGCGCGCAACGUGAACAUGUUCAAAGGACGCGUUGUCCUUGCUGCCACCGUCGGCGUUUCGUUUGCCACUGACAAAUUUACUUGCAUAUCCGUUGCAACAACAACAAUUGCAACAGCAACAGCAACAAACUAAACAAACAAUUUGCAUCGCGCGUAGUCGUCGUGGUUGCCUCAACGGGCCCCUCAACCCCACCUUCACUUGCCGCACAUCCGACGCCAUUUUGAACAAUAAUUUCAUUUCCGGUUCGCCAAUUGCAACGGCAAAAACAAAAAACAAAAAAUAAAGCACAAUAUGCCGUAAAAGCAACGCACUUGAGAAAUAGUUAUUAUUAAGUGAUGAGUGUGUGUCGAGUGCAACUAGCAGCAAAAAGAUAUUCAAAGUGAGAUUGUUUUAAGUUAAGUUGAACUUGACACUUUUUGGAUAAGCUUAAACACAGAAACCAGCAUAAUCCUGAGAGUCAAGUGGAAUCCAUUGCUUAACCAACACGUAGCCGUUGACGGUUCGGAAGGUCGCGCCAUGUACGAGAAUUCGUGUUCGUAUCAAACGGCGCUGGACUUGAAGCGGGUGUCGCCGCCAACGCUGGCCCAAGUGAAGACGGAGGACUGCCUGACACUGGGCCAAUGCUCGCCCGACUGGACAUCCUAUCGCUUCCAUCAGUCCACGUUUGAGCAGCUCAAGCAGAGCGUCGAAAAGGCCAAAGCAGCGCUCCAGGAUCGCAGCAGUUUCUUUGGCGCCAGCAGCGCCUUCAGCGAUAUCUACUCAAGUCAGCGACUGACAGACUCGCUGGACACACUGCCCGCCAUGCAGAAUGGAAGUGGAGCCGGCAAUUGUCUCGGCCUGACACACAAUGCGGGCGGAGGCGUGGGCGUUGGAGUGGGUGUGGGAGUGGGCGUGGGCGUGGGCGUACUCAACUACAACACGGUGAGCAGCAGCAGCGCAGGCGUGCAACGGCAUCGCUUGGACACAUUGCAGCCGCCAUCGGGCUGCUCACCGGUGGCCACGCAACACGGUGUGAUCACGUCCAGCGCCGUCCAGCUGCCAGUCUCCUCCUUGGAUGCGGUCAGCUCGCCCACAGUGCCAGCUUCACAUUCGGGAUCCACAGCCGUCGCGCAUGUGGAGCACAAAGUUCGAACAGAGAAAUCAACGCUGGACUGUGCCACAACAUCCUCGUCGCAUGCUGUCGUUGCCUCGUCCUCCUCCGCCGCCGCCGCGUCUGUUUCCAGCAGCGAGCUGGGCAGGCACAGCACUGUGGGCAAGAGCAGCAGCACCAGCAGCAGCAGCCACAACGGAGCUGUUGCCAACAAUGCCAGCAAUGCACUGUAUUCCUCGUACAAAUCGUCGUGGGGCUCCCACAGCUCCGCACAAUCGCAAGGCUACAGCUCGAAUGCCUUGAGCAUCAAACAUGAUCCGCACACACAACUACGGCAACCUGAUCCAUAUCAAAUGUUCGGAGCCACCAGCAGCAGACUGGCCAGCUCAGGCUCUGGACAGAUACAAUUAUGGCAGUUCCUGCUCGAGCUGCUGUCGGACUCCAACAAUGCCGCCUGCAUCACCUGGGAGGGCACCAACGGCGAAUUCAAGCUCACGGAUCCCGACGAAGUCGCCCGUCGCUGGGGCGAACGCAAAUCCAAACCGAAUAUGAAUUACGACAAAUUAAGUCGCGCCUUAAGAUACUACUAUGACAAGAACAUCAUGACCAAGGUGCAUGGCAAACGGUAUGCGUACAAAUUCGAUUUCCAGGGCCUUGCAGCUGCCACACAGCCGGCGGCCAGUGAUCCCACCUACAAGUAUCAGAGCGACCUCUUUAUGACCCCAUAUCAUCACAGCGCCAAGCUCAGCUCCUUUAUGAGUCCACAUCAUGGCAUGACGUCGUCAUCAGCUUCGAUAUUCCCAACGGCAGCAUCGUGGGGCAACUGGGGCAGUCCGGCGACGAAUCUGUAUCAGCCGCACUCGAUGGGGCAUGUGACGCCGUCGCAUGUGGCGCCCCACCUCAGCUCCUAUCCGCACUACGCAUGACCAUCAUAAUAUGAGAGCAAUGCCGGCGUCAGCAGUGCGGCAGGCAGCGCAGUUAGCGUUGGCGUUGGCGUUGGCAGCGGCGCUGGGCUGAUGAGCGGCUUUGGCAGCACAACCAGCGGCAGCAGCAGCAGCAGCAACAACAACAUCAGCAGCAAC